AUGGACGAUGACGUCAUGGCUCCAGAUCGAAUCUCCCUACAGCUUGCUCUUGCCUCACGCAGUGACAAGCUAUUGGUGGGUUCUAAUUUCGUUCGCCUGCCAGCGGAUGCCACGCCAAGACUCACAGCAUGGGCCAACGGCCUCUCACAGACGCAGCUGUACCUGCAGCAGCUGGUGGAAACCACCCUCAUCGCCCCCACCUGGUUCUGCUCCCGCCAGGUCUUUGACGCUUCAGGCCCCUUUCACGAGAGUGGACCGGGCACACCUGACGAUCUCAUGUUCUUCCACCAGCACUUGAGCCACGGAGGCUGGCUGGGCAAGGUGCCUCGGCCUCUAGUGACGUAUCGCUUUCACACGGCAUCAGUGACAGGCUCGCGAGGCUGCCCCUGGGAGAGCAUCUGGGAGCAGCGGGUUAAACACCUUGAAGCGCAACUUCUUUCGGGGCAUAGCAGCUCCUGCUGGUCAGAACUCACAAUCUGGAAUGCUGGCAAAGAGGGCAGGAGACUCUACCGCUCUCUCUCCCCAUCAAACCAAGCUAAGGUGGUUGCUUUCUGUGAUGUGGAUGUAAAAAAGAUAACCAGAGGAGUGUACACACACCACGAGUCCAAUAGGGCAGUGCCAGUAAUCCAUUGGUCUGUAGCAAGGCCGCCACUGCUCUUAUGUGUGAAAAGAGGGCUUACUGGGGGUGGGUUCGAGGAGAUCAUAGAGUCACUGUGCAUGGAAGAAGGGCUGGAUUAUAUUUACUUCUCAUAA